UUAGCUUUGUUUGUUUGGGGGGAGAGAGAGAGAGAGAGGGGUAUGUUAGUCGGGGGACCAUCAAAAGGAAUAUGUGGGUGUGAUAAGCUCAUUAUCCAGUUGUGCCAGCUUCGUUUUUUUUGAAGAAUGAAAGACAACUCUGCAGAAUUAUAAUAGUAACCAAGUAGGAGAAAAUUCGACCAAGGGUAAUGGCCGAAACUUCAAUAUGUUCCAACUGGAUAACUUCGCCAGCAUUAUUGACUCGUCCCCAGUUCAAUCUGAGCGCGCGGAACAGUACUGGAGAACAGCAGAGACGGCGGAAAUUCAGAAUUUGUGCAGCAAAAUCUGGGGGAUUCUCACCUAAAACUGCCACAAAAAGUUGUCAAACGUGUGGCGGCAAAGGUGCUAUAGAGUGUCCUGGAUGUAAGGGAACAGGGAAGAAUAAAAAGAAUGGGAAUAUCUUCGAGCGUUGGAAGUAAGUUUUCCACUUCUUACAAGGAAAACAAUUUAAAUGUAUUUUCUAAAUGUGAAGAAAUUUUUGUAUUUUUUGUUUGUCACUCUGAAUUAAUUCGAUUUGAAUAAUUGUAGAUGUUUUGAUUGUCAAGGAUUUGGAUUAAAAAGCUGUCCCAAAUGUGGAAAGGGAGGGUUGACACCAGAACAAAGAGGAGAAAGAUAAUGUACAUAUUUGAAACGGCUUUGAAUUUGUAUUUAAAUACACAGUUAUUUAUCUCAAAGUUCUAUAAUAAUGUAAAUGCAUUUCUGCGAAUUGAUUGGCCCCAUUAUAAUCACACUCUCUUUA